AUGGACCCCUUGUUGGCCGCUGGGAAGGAUGCACUUGGAGGCGUCUUUGGCCUUAUGACCUUAGGUCAAUAUGCUUUGGUUCUCAGAGGGAUGGUCCUGAAAGAUGACAAGAAACCGAAGACCCCGCCCCACAAAAAUCCCAGUGCUGACAAUGACCUCAAUUUAGAAGAUGCUAUUGGAGGAGACGAUGACCCAGUGCCACACAAUCCAGCCAAACCGAGACCUGACCCAAAACCCCGCCAGCCUGGAUCUGGUGGAUUUCCCGAUUCUGACCUUGCUGAUGGGACUUCAGAUGGAGGAGGUGGUCACGGUGAGAGUGGUGGCCGUGGAGGCCAGGCUCCUGAUGGGGAGAGGCAAGGUGGAUUUUCCGAUUCUGACCUUGCUGAUGGGACUUCAGAUGGAGGUGAAUCCCCUGGGGUGGUCCCUGGCAUCGUGGGAGCUGUUUUGGUAGCCGUGGCCGGAGCCAUUUCUAGCUUUAUCGCCUACCAGAAAAAGAAGUUCUGCUUCAAAGAGAAUGCUGACCAAGGCGAAGUCGACAUGGAAAACCACCACAGCACCAACGCUGAGCCCCCCGUUCAGCGGACUCUUCUGGAGAAAUAGAAGGUUGUUGGGAAAAGCAGCCCCGGACAUCCACAGCAGGAUCCCCAUCCUUGCCUGCUGCCCCUCUCUGAAGAACGCCCUCAGGAGGGGAGGACAGAGCGGCCGCCCCGGGAGCCGGCCCGUCCUGUCCACACCUUCACUCCAGUCGGAUGCUCUGUUUUAAUUUUGAGACGUGUUCACCUGUCGCCGUGCUGGGUAGAAGAUGUGGACUAACAAAGAGUUUUGCAUCCAGAGGGGAAUUGCAUUCACUUUCUCCGUGGCCCGUAGGGGUUUUCGGCGUCACUUGAAAAGCUCGCUGCCACCGAGUCCCCGUCAUUCGAAUAUCGACCCCACUGAAGUUCUCCAAACGGAAUCUCUGGGCCGUUUGCAAAUUACCUGUACAUUGAAAGUGCAGGUUGAAACCUCCCUAACACUGACCGUUUUUUAGAGUGAGGUAAGCCUUCAGUUAGAUUCCUCAAAAUUUCUUUCGUUUGUUAGGAUUCUUUUUUUCACAGUAGACUAAUAAAAAGAAAUUAGAAACCAAGUACUUUUUACAUAAAUGCUUUGCUCUGGGGUGACUUUUAAAGAAGGCUGUGAAAAUUAGUGGGAUGGAUCCCAUGUUCCCUUCUGGGCUAUAAGACGAAUGAUCAACCUAAGUGCUAGCUCUGUCUUUCUGGCAUUUUCUUUCUCUGCCCUUUUCUUUUCACUUGUCUUAUCGUAUUGGGGACAAGUAUUCCUCAGCAUUCAGAUACUCUCCUGCUUCAGAUAUUCCCUGCAUCAGAUACUCCUGUGUAUCAGACACUUCCCUGCAUCAGAUGCUCGUCUGUAUUAGAUACUUCCCCUCAGAGAUACUCCUCCUCAUCAGAUACUCCCCUGUAUCAGACAUUCACUUUCUUUCUUCCAUGUGAGUGAAUGCCAUGAAUUUGUUAACUGUUUGUAUCGUCUUUACAAAAUGUUUAACUGCUUCUAUGUGAGAGAUCAGUUUAACAUAACGGUAAAACCGCUUUUCAGCAGAGAAUCUCCUUGUAUACUUUGUAACAGCUUGAAAUGAAGUGAUCGCAUUCCUCCUUGCAAUAAACAAUGACUUCUCCACGUUUAGAAGCAUUUCCCCAUCUCGGGCAAUGCACACACUGCAAGGCUUCCAAAAUGCGUGCUUUUGUGUAAAAGCUUGACGCGGGCUUCGCUUGGAUUUUUGUGUUAAUCUCAGAAAGUGUAGAAGCCCUGAUAUUCUAGCCGGGAUGGACCUCAUCUCUAAACUUUCCUCCACUGAAAAAUUAGAGUAUCUUCAGUAUGCUUCCAGCGGUGCUCACGAAAGCUCUCAGAAUAGUUAUCCACAGAAUGGCAAUUUCCUGGGAAUACUUAAUCUUGUCACUGAUAAUGGCUUUAAGAUAGCUGCUGCUUGUCGACAAAGCCAGAUUUGACACAAGUCUCCUUGUUCAAAGGUAUGCUGUCAUCACACCUGUGUGGGCUGCCAUCACAGACCUCUGGAUUUGGGGAAAGGGCUGGUAUGGAGGUGUCAGCCAUUGAUUCUGGGUCUUUUCCACUUUGAAGCUCAUAAACGCUGUCAGUAGUUGGGGGGUGGGCAUUGGAGGCAUCCCCCCUUCUGUUGAGACCUGCACCCCUCCCCACACCCAUAUCCUUUCACUGGCCCCUGCUUCCCACCUGUCUAAAAGCUCCCAGAACUUCAUUCCCAAGAUAUCAAUGGGGACCGUUGUCCAGUUAUUUUGGUAUUUAUGUUAUUUUUCUGUGUUUGAGUAUAUGAAACAGGGUGAAGAAAUGAUUGAGACCUCUGGUUAUUUAUCAUUUCUGUUCAUUGUUUCUUGCAACAAAUACCUAUUGGAUGCCCCUUGUGGCCCAGGUGUGGGCAGCAGAGGAUGUGACAUUCUGGAUUCUGGAGGAUGUAACACAAACAUCUCUCAUUCAUCAAGGGAUGAGGUCCACCAGUUGUCAAGGGCUGAAGGCUGGAUUAUCCAGUAUGCCUGGGUCCCGUUGCUAGCUAGCUCGGAACACCUGGGUUACAAAGGUCUUGGAGAAUAUCCACAUUCCUCCCCAAUGGAUCAUCAAGGAUUGCUUUUGAGGUCAGAUUUUGCACAGUGACUUGCUUUAUUUUGUAACAAGAAAAAAAAUGCAUCAAUCUUUUUGUAACUCUGUGAAUAACAUCGACAUGUUUAUAAGCAUAGCAAUCAUACUAUAAACAUAAAUGUCUCAUUAACGGAGAGAAUAGUGAAAGGAUGAGUAUUUUUUAAAAGUAUAUGAAAUUAUGACUCAUGCAUAAAUAAAUAUGUACAUUUAAGAAAUAUGUCAGCUAGGCUUUUUUUUUUAUGGAGGCUGAAUGGACGUCUUUGUAGACUCAGUUUAAUUUCACAUGGACAUAAAAAUAAACGAUCUUUUGAAAAAUGGA